AUGCACAAGGCCGCGGACGGUGUGGGUGUCGGAGUGACUCAUCUGUUGCACACCUCAUUGUUGAUUCUCCCACAGGAUCCUGAACGCCGCUGUCGUCUGUCCUACUUCUGUCAUUAUCUCCGCUCCUGCUGUGUCCAGCUACAGAACCACAGCUACAGAACCACAGCUAAAGAACCACAUCUACAGAACCACAGCUACAGAACCACAGCUAAAGAACCACAUCUACAGAACCACAUCUACAGAACCACAGCUAAAGAACCACAUCUACAGAACCACAGCUACAGAACCACAUCUACAGAACCACAGCUACAGAACCACAGCUACAGAACCACAUCUACAGAACCACAGCUAAAGAACCACAUCUACAGAACCACAGCUACAGAACCACAUCUACAGAACCACAGCUACAGAACCACAUCUACAGAACCACAGCUAAAGAACCACAUCUACAGAACCACAGCUACAGAACCACAUCUACAGAACCACAUCUACAGAACCACAGCUAAAGAACCACAUCUACAGAACCACAGCUACAGAACCACAUCUACAGAACCACAGCUACAGAACCACAUCUACAGAACCACAGCUAAAGAACCACAUCUACAGAACCACAGCUACAGAACCACAUCUACAGAACCACAGCUACAGAACCACAGCUACAGAACCACAUCUACAGAACCACAGCUACAGAACCACAGCUACAGAACCACAUCUACAGAACCACAGCUAAAGAACCACAUCUACAGAACCACAGCUAAAGAACCACAGCUAAAGAACCACAUCUACAGAACCACAGCUACAGAACCACAUCUACAGAACCACAGCUACAGAACCACAUCUACAGAACCACAGCUAAAGAACCACAUCUACAGAACCACAGCUACAGAACCACAUCUACAGAACCACAUCUACAGAACCACAGCUAAAGAACCACAUCUACAGAACCACAGCUACAGAACCACAUCUACAGAACCACAGCUACAGAACCACAGCUACAGAACCACAUCUACAGAACCACAGCUAAAGAACCACAUCUACAGAACCACAGCUAAAGAACCACAGCUACAGAACCACAUCUACAGAACCACAGCUAAAGAACCACAUCUACAGAACCACAGCUACAGAACCACAUCUACAGAACCACAGCUACAGAACCACAUCUACAGAACCACAGCUACAGAACCACAUCUACAGAACCACAGCUACAGAACCACAGCUACAGAACCACAGCUAAAGAGCCACAUCUACAGAACCACAGCUAAAGAACCACAUCUACAGAACCACAUCUACAGAACCACAGCUACAGAACCACAUCUACAGAACCACAGAUAA